UCGUCCAACACCUCAACUCGUAUCAUGGUGGCUGCCCCGACGCUCCUCUCGCUCGCGCUUCUUCUCUCGGCCGUCUCGGCGCAGUCGACGCCGACGUGCCCGCCCCGCGUCCGCAAGUCGUGGAACCGCUACUCGGUGCCGGAGAAGGCCACGUACAAGAAGGCGGUCGCCAAGGCCAUGGACACGCCGCUCUACGAACGCUUCAUCUCGAUGCAUUCGGAGCAGAUGAGCAACACGGAAGCCCACGGCACGUGUGUUUUUCUCUUCUGGCACCGCAAGUUUCUUCUCGGGUACGAGAACCUGCUUCGGAGCAUGGGCUCCGAGUUUGCUUGCGUCACGCUGCCCUACUACGACUACGUCCAAGACAACGUCGCGUACGGUGCCAAAAAAUGCUCGAGCAUCGAGUCGUGCUCGGCCAUUUUGCGGGACAUGGGCGGCUCGGCCGGCGUCGACAAGUCGAUCCCGAUUGGCCGGUACUCGGUCGCCGGUCGCUGCGUUUCGAACGAGCCCGUCAACCACUUUUGCGAGUCGACGGCGAGCUGCACCAAGUGUGUGCCCCGGGGCCCGUGGUCGACGACGACGUUCAACCCGGACCUCGGCUUCAGCAGCAUCAAGAACCAGGUGUUUGGCGGCAAGGACAUUGCCGAGACGACGCGCCUCAUUGAGUCGUCGCCCCACAACAGCAUGCACGGGACGCUCGCAGGUGCCAUGAACAACGUCUUCAUCUCGCCGACCGAGCCGGUUUUCUACUCGCACCAUGCGAUGGUUGACGCUCUCCACACGAUUUACCACAAGUGCCGCGUCCAAGGUCUCGGUCUCAGCCCCGCGCAGAAGCAGGUGCACGCCAUGUCGUUUGCCGGCUGCCGCGCCAACGGCGCCCCGAUCACGGCCACGUCGGCCAUCACGAUGCGCGCCGUCGUCAACGGCAAGACGGUCGCCGUCGACAGCGAGUCGAGCGUCCAAGCGUUUUUCAAGGGUCUUCCGUCGGCCUAUUAUGGCCUCACGGACGCCAACGACCUCGGAAGCAAUAGCUACGCCUAUGAGUUUACGGGUCUCCUCGGGGACCUGUACACGAACUGCCAGAACUCGGGCACGCCUCGCGCCGGCACCCGCCGCCUGGUCGACGACGCCAACGCCACGACGACGACGACGACGACGGUGGCCAACACGGUGGUCCCAAUCGCCGACAACUCGGCGGCGCAGGCGCUCCUCAACUGGCGCCUUGACGUUUUUGCUGCCGCGCCGCGCGACUCGGUCGACGCCGACGUGGAAGCCGACAUUAUCAAGAUGCGGACCCUCUACUAUGAAAACUGCCUCGACGGCGUCGACGACUACAGCUCGUCGUUCAAGGCGCUUUGGAAGGUCGGGUCGAGCCCGUCGACCAAGGUGCUCAACGCCGUGUACGACCAGUCGAGCCCGAUCCGCAUUCCCGACUGGCAAUCGAUCAACUUCAAGCACUUUGGCUGCAGCGGCGAGCCGACCAAGUAGAAUUGAUUUGCAUUUAAUAGACACAAAUAAUGUUUACUCCUUUAUAUCA